AUGUCGGGCCCCCCGCCGCCGCUGAACCGGGCGGACUCGUCCAAAGACCACCGCCCUCUGCAGCCGAGCACUCUUCGACAGAGCCAUACACCUCCCAGCCGUCCAGGGAGCGGCGACAGCCAGAGCAGCGAUGUAUAUCCGUCCAUCACGGCUGUUGGCGAAUCGACGCCCUUGAUACUGGACGACCAGUCUGGGCCCCGCAGCCACGGCACCUUCAAUCCUCAGACUUCCUCGCCGCCCAAUGGCCUCUUUGGCGGAAGCACCGAUGACGAUAGCGAGCAUGGGACAAACGGUGGCUUCUUUUCCUCCGUCACAGGAAGCGAUGAUUGGAAGAGGUGGCUCUCAAGAAGGAUGCGAACCACUAAGAUGGGUCACAGCAGCGAGCUUGCUGAGCAGGCUGGUUUUCGAGAUACCCCCUUCAUGUAUCUGGCAUACUAUAUUCCGUGUCUGAAUUGGAUUCAGCAGUACAAGCUAUCAUAUCUCAAGGGCGAUUUCAUUGCAGCCGUUACCAUGGCCUCGUUUUACCUCCCGAUGGCGCUGUCGCUUGCAGCUAAUUUGGCACACGUUCCGCCCAUCUUCGGUCUCUAUGGCUUCAUUUUCAACCCCUUUAUCUAUGCGUUACUCGGAUCCUCCCCGCAAAUGGUUAUUGGCCCCGAGGCAGCUGGAUCUCUUCUCGUGGGCACUGUGGUGAAAUCGAGCGUCGAUUCUGGAGGUGAAGGCUCAGAGGACAAUGACAUUCUGCAAGCCCAAGUCUGCGGCGUGGUUGGUGGUAUGGCUGGCGCCAUGGUCCUUAUUGCGGGUUUGGCCAGAUUGGGUUUCCUGGACAGCGUGUUGAGCAGGCCCUUCUUGAGAGGAUUCAUCUCCGCCAUCGGCUUUGUUAUUGCCGUCGACCAGCUGAUCCCCGAGCUUGGUCUUGCUGCCCUUGCGGAAGAGGAAGGUGUAAAUCAUGGAAGCAGUGUCGACAAAAUCGGAUUCAUCUUCAAGAACGUUGGUGAGACUCACAAGCUGACCUUUGUUGUGGCGGGUGUUAGUUUCGUGAUAAUCAUGAUUUUCCGUGAACUGAAGCGUCGUUUGGAGAAGAGGUUCCCCGGCGUUGCCUUCUUUCCUGAUCGAUUCCUCGUCGUCGUCAUUUCGGCUGUUUUGUGCUGGCACCUUGACUGGGAAGACAAGGGAGUUGAGGUUCUGGGAUCCGUCAAGGCUGCUUCCGGAGGCAUCUUUGAAUUCCGAUGGCCUUUUCAGCUCGCCCAAAUGAAGCACAUUCGCUCAGCUAUGUCAACGUCUUUUCUCAUUGCCCUUCUCGGCUUUUUCGAGUCGUCAGUUGCGGCCAAGAGUCUAGGCGGUAGCUCCAUCCCUGGAAUCGAACUCAGUGCGAACCGAGAGAUGAUUGCCUUGGGAACUGCUAAUCUCGUUGGCUCUAUGUUCACGGCACUGCCCGCGUUUGGUGGCUAUGGACGAAGCAAGGUGAAUAAGACGACUGGUGCAAAGACUCCGAUGAGCUCCGUUAGGCUAAUCAAAGGCACGUGGCAGAAACCCGUACUCUCAUCAAUGAUCUCAGUCGUGGCAUGGUCGCUGAUAGAAGAGGCACCUCAUGAUAUUUCAUUCUUCCUUCGGAUUCGGGGUUGGACCGAGCUGGGUCUCAUGGCAGCCAUCUUCCUUUCCACCAUCUUUUACUCCCUGACCUUGGGCAUGGCUUUGGGCGUAGGAAUCUCCCUGCUCCUAGUUAUCAAACACAGCACUCGACCCCGCAUCCAGAUUCUCGGUCGCGUUCCCGGCACUAACCGCUACGAGAACCCGGAAUCCCUCGACUCCAGAAUCGAGUUCAUUGAGGGAUGCCUCAUAGUUAAGAUUCCAGAGCCCCUGACUUUUGCCAACACUGGCGAGCUCAAAGCACGUCUUCGGCGAUUGGAGUUUUACGGCACAUCGCGAGCGCACCCUGCCCUGCCGCGCAUUCGCAGCCACGACUCAAACCGCAACAUCAUCUUCGACAUCCAUGGUGUGACGUCCAUGGAUGGCUCUGGCACGCAAGUGCUCGAGGAAAUCGUGCGGGAUUACCGGGAGAGGGGCGUACGAGUCUUCUUCGCCCGCGCACCUAGCCACCGGGAUCACCCUGUGUGGCAACUCAUGGACAGGAGUGGCAUCGUCGACUUGUGCGGCGAGCGGCACUUUGUCAAUGAUGUUGAUGCGGCACUGCGGUUAACCGAGUAUGAAGACAGCGUGAUGACACAGUGA